UUUAAUGCAUCAUCUUAUACCUUAAUCUUUGUUGUUACAACUAAGCUCAUCUAUUGAUUGAUCAUCAGUAGAUGGCGCUGAUUUUUUGUCAAAAUAAAUGAAAAUUGACUUUACAUAUUGGAACUAACAGACAGACUGACAGGAUAACAAUGCGAGCAGUGACUGUCAACAAUUUGUGAUCUGGUUUUCUACAUCGCAUCAUCAUUUUACUGUUAAUAUCGUGUAGUUUUUAAUUCACUAUGGUGCUUAAUGAUCGUUCCAAUGUGGAAGUUGUUUUCGUUGUUGAAGGAACUGCUAAUCUAAGUUUAUAUGCCGAAUCAAUUAAAUCAAGCUACAUCAUUCCUACUCUAGAAAUUUUAAGUGGUGGACCUCCAGAUGAAAAUGAUUAUGAGUUUGAGAACACACUCAAUUGUUCCCUUUUUGCAUUGGUUGUUUUCAUGACGGCUGAUUCGGCUCCCGAUCCUGCCUCAUUUUGUUUUGGGCCUACCUCAUCAACACACAAACUCUUACAAUGGUUUGAUCGAAUACAAUUUAAUUGCGGAGGUGCAUCCUCAUGUAGUCACAUAACUGAAGGUAUUGCUACCUCGUUGCAAUGUUUUGACGAGUUUAAAACAAUGAGAGAGAAUGCUUCACCUGGCUCAAGUCAUAACAAAAUUCCCAAGCAUUGUGUGCUCAUCUGUAACUCUCCGCCAUAUGCUUUACCUGCGGCUGAAAGUAUUUCGUAUAAUGGUUUAAUGAUUGAUCAUUUAGUGGGCAUUAUGGGUGAUAGAGGGAUAAGUCUGAGUCUAUUCUCUCCUAGAAAGAUGCCUUUUCUAUUCAAGUUAUAUGAAAAAGCUGGUGGAGACUUAAACUCAGCUUUAGCUAAGAACUAUGCGAAAGAUAGAAGACAUUUAGUUCUAUUAAAAAAUUUUCAACUGCAAGAAAGACCCAUAAGCCCUCAGGCAAAUCAAUCAUCUAAUAAAUCUCUUGAAAAAGCAUCUUCGUCGCCUUCUCCAUCUAAUCAGGGUCAAAAAAGGCCACUUUCUCCUGCAUCUUCAGCUGUAUAUAGUAAAGACAGUGUUCAAAUCACCAUCCACCAACAACAACCACAACAACAGCUUCAACAGCAACAACAAGUACAACAAAAUCAAUUGCAACAACAACAGCAGCAGCAACAACAACAACAGCAGCAGCAGCAACAGCAACAACAACAGCAACAACAGCAGCAACAGCAACAGCACAUCAGAGGACCACCUCCUCCGCCCCCGACAUUUAUUCAGUCUGACAAAACCUCAACGCCUGACUCAAUAGCUCCACUUCGUCCUAUUCCUAAUACUAUGCCUGUUCUUACCAGUCAACUAUCUUCCAUACGUCAAGGAGCACCAAAUGUUGUGUCUCAGCAGUCUGGUCCGCCUGGUCAAUCAAAUCAAACUCGUAUGGGCUUCCCAGGAACUCAAAUUAGAUCAGUACAAAGAGAAAACUAUAACCCUGUGAUGAUGCAAGGACAAUUAAGAGGUGCUUCUUCGCCUUUCUCUGCUCCACCUCCUAGUCCGAUGAAUCGUGCCUCUGUUCCUUCCCCUCUUUCGCAAAAUGCACCUUCACCAAUGCCAGUUCCUCCUGGGGGUAUGAUGAAUCAAGAUUCUAAUGUCUCAAGUCAACAAAUGCCCAUGCCAAAUUCAAUGAUGAAAGAUAAGAAGAUUAUUUGGAAUGGAACCAUCGAGUUUCAAGAAAAAUCAGCUCAAGAAGGAAUUCCUCCAAAGUAUUCUCUACCUUGUUCCAUUACAUCAACAAAUGGUAGCCCUGAUUUAGAAAAAAAUGCCGAAAAAUGGCCUUCUAUGCUGAAUCUUUCACUUCUACCUAGAACAAUAAUUAAUGCAGUUUUACCUGUGUUGAAGAAUGAAUCACAUGUUGUGGUGCUUAAUUUUGCUAAUCAAGACACAUCUGAAAUAAUUCAAAAAUUACAAAAAACAAUCUCAGGAGGCGGUCGACAACCCCAAAUACAAUUCUGUGGAUGCAUCAACUUAUACCCUAAUCAGAAUACAAUGAUGAUUGUCAUUUAUGCACCAGAUAAAAAUACGUUUAUGGGCUUUUUACCAAUGAACCAGGAAGCAUUCAUGCACAAAAUACAAGCUGCCUACAAAAAUGCUCGAACAGCCAAAAUUCUUCAGGGAAAUCAACAACAAAUCUCGCAGCAACCAAACCAACAAUCACCUCAGACGAAUAUUGGACAACCAAUGAUGGGACAAUCCAUAGGCCAAGCAAUGGGCCAACAACCUCAACCACAAAUGGUACAGCAGGCCAUGCAACCACCACCUCAGCCAGGACAAAUGAUACAACAAAUUUCAAUGUCCCAGCCACAGCUUAAUGCCAAUCCAACCGGUUUCUAUCAGAUUCAACAGAUUGGUCCAGUUGUUCAGCAGUCAGGUCCUGGUCAAAUGACACCAAUGCAAGGUCAAUCUCAACAAAAUCAACAGCAUUUGCAGCCACAACCACAACUCGGUCAACAAGUUGGUUUUCGUAAUCAGUCGGUGCAGGGAAUCCGAAACAAUGCCGGGCCAAAUAAUCAUGGAAUGAUGAAUCAAGGACUUAUCCCUAAUCAAAUGAUAGCAUCAGGUGGCCAGAGACCGCAACAAACAAAUGUGCUUCUUAAUCAAGCACUUGGCCCUAUUCAAGGAACAGGCGGUCACCCACAAUUUGCACAGCAAAAUCAAAUCAUUGGUGGUCAACAGCAAACCACCGCUACUUUGGUCACACAAAGUGGCCCACCUAUGCAUCAACAGCCCCAACCGCAGCCAAUGCAGCAACAACCACAACAACAACAGAUACACUUUAACAGCCAAAACGUGAGUGGUACAACACUUGCCAAUUUGAUGCAACAUCAACAGCAGGCGACGCAGCAACAGCAAUCAAAUUCACAACCUCCUCCUCCUCAACAACCCCAACAACAUUCAACGCAUGAUGUUCGCAAUCGCAAUUUAUUAAAUAUCCAGCAAUUACAGAAACAACUCGAAGCUUGUAAGCAAACGGAACUCGAAUUUGCACAGCAACACGUUGAUCACACAAUUCCUUCUGGACAUACAUUUUUCGAUCAGUCGACAGGGAUGCAUUAUUCUAAAUCUUCUUCAGGAGAUCUCGGGACUAAUUUCCGGAAUAUCAGUGCGUCUCCGAGAACAGGUCCAGAUCCGGAAACUGAUUUGAAUCUGUCUAAAGGACAUUUAUUGAGACCCGAAGAAAUGGCAUUCCCCCAAACUGGUGGAAAUCUUCAAGGAAAACCACCGGAUAACGCUCAAGCUCAUCCUCAACAUCAACAACCUCUGGUUCGCCAACAACUCCAGCAACAUAUUCAUCAGCAGCAACAGCAACAACAACAAGCGAGAUUACAACAAAUGCAACAACCCAUUGGAGUCAAAAGUGCUCCUGGAUUGAGAAAUUUGUUACUACCACAACACCAACAAGUACAACAACAGCAACCGCAACAGCAAAUUAGAACUAAUAUGCAACCUGGUCCAAAUCAACAACAAUGGCGAUUCAGUAGAACUUGAAAGUUGAGUUGAUUAAUUAGGUUCAAAUUUUUUAUUGACAUCAUUCUGCUGUGGAUCAAUGUGAAAAUAUCAUCCUCACUCUAUUUAAAUAUUCAUCUUCACUAACGUAAUCCGUCUCAUCAUAAUCAUUCACAUAAGUUUCAUCAUCUUCCUGUACCAUCGUUAAUAUGCAUCAUCAUCAUGAUGUUGAUCAUUUUCAUCGCAAGCAAUCGUGAUAGGCAAAAAGCGACAUUUGAAUUUUCAUUAAACCAUGAUGGAAUAUGUCGUUAUUUGCAGUGA